CAACCGGUGGCCAGAGACCGAGACAAAAUAGCAUCUCACCCCACCCAUGGACACCGACCUCGACCUGGACGCCCUCCUCGCCUCCUUCGCCGGCGAGUCCGCCGCAGUCUCCGAGCUCCUCGCCCCGCCUCCGCUUGAUGCGGCGGAGGCGGGGUCGCCGGAGUCGGUGACCUCCCGGUCCAGCCCCGCCGGCGAGGAGGUGCUGUCGGAGAUCGAGAGGUUUCUGAUGCAGGAGGAGGAGGCGGCGGGGGCGGAGCCGGUGGACGGGAUCAGCGUGGACGAGUUCUUGGACACGCUGUUCGACGGCGCCGAGGAGGGGGGCGAGAAGGGGAACGGGAGUGAGGCUGAGGCUGGGGGCAGCACCGAUGGGGACUCUAGGAGGGGGGAAGACGGGGUGGAGGUGGUGACGCCGGAGACAGAGGCGGAGGUGGUGACGCCCGAGACGGAGGUCGAUGGCGAUGAUCCCAUCAGCAAGAAGAAGAGGAGGCAAAUGAGGAAUAGGGAUUCUGCCAUGAAGUCCAGGGAGAGGAAGAAGUCAUAUGUGAAGGACUUGGAGACGAAGAGCAAGUAUCUCGAGGCAGAGUGUCGCCGCCUCAGCUACGCACUUCAGUGCUGCGCAGCUGAGAACAUGGCACUGCGCCAGAACAUGUUGAAGGAUAGGCCUAUUGGUGCUCACACAGCCAUGCAGGAGUCUGCCGUACUUUCGGAAACCCUGCCGCUGGUUUCCCUGCUUUGGCUAGUGAGCAUCGUGUGCCUAUUCCUAACGCCCGGUCUACCCAACCGAAGUCUGGUGGCUCCAAGGAGAGCCGAAAGAGAUCUCGCAAUGGUAGCCGGAAAGCCAAGCAGUGAUCAACCAGAGACCUUGGAGCUUCUGCUCCAUGGAAGGCGCUGGAGGGGCACAAGGGAGAGGAUCAAGCUAGAUACUCCGCCAUUGCGUGCAGCUGCCGCUUGCUAGACUAGUGCCGGCUUAUUCGCAAGUUUCCAGUAUGUAGUGUAGUUAGCAAUGAAUGUCUAUUAUGUGUUCUCUUGCUGCCACCGUGGCUUUAUCCAUGACUAUCUUUCUUCUCUCUCUGUUCCCUUUGUUCUAUGAUCAUCUAAUCAGAUGCUAGUUUUGAAA